CUCCUCGUCCGUGUGCCUCGUUCUCCACCUGACAGCUCGUCGGAAGCCGUGCACGCACCGAGCCGCUGGCUCCUCGCUUGCACUGAUCAAGGGCCGUGCGGGUGUGUGCAUCGGGAGGAGGGGGCGGGUUGGGGCCGGAUACCCGCCAGCUGUUGACUCCGAGCAUCCCGCUGCGCACGGCGGCAUGCAGCGCUCCUGAUCCCGGCAGAGAUCAGCCGUCCUUCCUCGUCUCGGAUAUUUUGAGGCCCGGCCAUGUCUGCGAGAGAGAAGGGGAGCCUGACCAAAGACAGUGUCAGCCUGCUGCCAUGUUUCUAUUUCGUAGAGCUGCCGAUCCUGGUGUCGUCGGUGGUCAGUCUGUACUUCCUGGAGUGGACGGAUGUGUUCAAGCCAGCGAAGUCGGGCUUCAACUGCCACGACCGCAGCCUGAGCCUUCCCUACAUCGACCCCAACCACGAGGUCAUCCCCCUGCUGAUGCUGCUCAGCCUGGCCUUCGCCGGACCCGCCAUCGCGAUAAUGAUCGGCGAGGCCAUCCUGUUCUGCUGUCUCUCUGGGAGGAGGAGCGGCGCCGAGGCCAACAUCAAUGCUGCUGGCUGCAACUUCAACUCCUUCAUACGCAGAGCUGUCCGCUUUGUUGGCGUUCACGCUUUCGGUUUGUGUGCCACGGCCCUCAUCACCGACAUCCUCCAGCUGAUGACAGGCUACCCAACGCCCUACUUCCUCACGGUGUGUAAACCCAACUACACAGCGCUCAACGUCAGCUGCGAGCACAACCCCUACGUCCUUGAGGACAUCUGCUCGGGGCCGGACUCGGCAGCCAUCCUGCGGGGAAGGAAAUCCUUCCCGUCGCAGCAUGCUACCCUUGCAUCCUUUGCUGCUGUCUAUGUUUCGAUGUACUUCAACAGCACUUUGACCGACUCGUCCAAACUGCUCAAGCCCCUGCUGGUCUUCUCCUUCAUUAUCUGCGCCAUCAUUUGUGGUCUGACCCGGAUUAUUCAGUACAAGAACCAUGCCGUCGACGUCUACUUGGGCUUUCUGCUUGGAGGAUCUAUUGCUUUCUACCUGGGUUUGUAUGCAGUGGGAAACUUUGAGCCUAGUGAGGAGGUUAGUGCCAGUCCUCCAAUAAUGCACCGCCCCCCCUGCUCCCUGCCCCACAUCAGCCAGGAGGCUGUACUCCACCACCUGCAGAUGAAAGCCAGCAUGGCCGGGGGGCCGGGCAUGCACACCUCCCACUCUGAGGGCCUCCUCCACCGAGCGCUCCAGCAGCCCCGGUCUGAUGACAGUCUCAAGCGUUCCAGUGCCGAUGUGGAAGUGAUCUCCCCCCACAGCCCCCAGAGCAAGGACGGCUUUUUGACCUUUAGCCACACCCUUCCUCGAGUCCACACCCCCCAGGCCAUGGCAGCUUAUGAAGAAGCAGCUAGACGCCACGCCGCCACCCUCCACCAUGCCUCCAUGGACUCCAGCCGAUCAAAACAGCUUCUGUCUCAAUGGAAAAGUAAGAACAGCAACCACAAAUGCUCCCUGCAGGUCCCAGACUCCUUCUCCGCCUCUUUAGAUUCCUCAUCGGGGCAGACCCCCCAGCACCCGCACCACCACGGCAGUAUGGAGCUGCGAUCCAGCUGCGACCCAUCGGCUAUGGGCAUGAAUGGAGGCUUCGAUGCUCAUGCGUACAUGUCCAAACUGGCCACUGGAAGUAGCACAACUCUGCCCAGUAACUGCAGCGGCAUCACUGGAGGGGCCAGGAUAUCCAUGCAGUCCAGACCUGGGUCUUCACAGCUCGUCCACAUACCCGAGGAGGCCCAUGAGAAUUACAACAACUCCUCCCCGAGGACGGAGGGAGCGAGAGGGGGAGAGAGCGAGGCGGUGACAAAGAUAAAUACCACAGCUCAAGCAAACUGGCAGCGGGCCGCGGAAAAGACGGCCUGCAGGCCCGAGGAAAACGGGCACGCCGCCCAGCCACGGAUUAUGCAGGUGAUCGCCAUGUCCAAGCAGCAGGGUCUGCUGCAGACCCAUUCCAAGAGCCUAGAUGAGAGUGGCUUCGGCUGCGGCACCACUGGGAGUGGCCCGGGCUCCGGCCGCUACCGAGCUCCAACCGAUCAGGACCCGGCCGGCGCCACAGGGCCAAACUCGAUGGGAAGCACCACCAGCAUUUCAGGGAGCUCCAUCGUCAGAGUAGAGGCGCACCCUGAGAACAGGCCCGUGAUUCAAGCGCCAUCCACGGACGGGAGCGGGUCAUGGAGGUGGCGGUCGCUGGAUCACGGCAACGGAGCUGUCGGAGGCCCGGGGCCCGGUGGAGCAGGAGGUGGGAGUCUGAGGCAGUCCUUUGACCUCAAUGAUCUCACCUCGGAAAGCUCAGACUCGAUUCGUGACGGGUCCAUUGAGAGGAAGCCCGGCAACCACAUCGUCACAACCACUGCCUCGGUCAGCACCCCCCCUAUAGUUACUGUUCAUACUCAGAACGUCAGCCAGGCUGAGCACAGGCUCCCCCCCCAGGGCCUUUCUACUAUACGGGUCACUCCGGGGGAUGGUAGCACAUCUGGAGCCGGAGGAGGCUGCGGCGGAAGCAGAGCAGGACGUGGGGAGGGCGCUUCUGAAACCGCCUCCGUUGCUUCCAGUCGGGAGUCCACGCUGCGGAGAAAAGGCAAUAAUAUCAUCCUGAUACCGGAGAGGGCCGACAGCCCCGAUAACGCACGCAACAUUUUCUACAAGGGGACAUCGACGACUCCCGCUUUCAAGGACUAACGUGAAGAGGGACUGGAGACUCUCGACACCACAUAGCUAAUAAUGCAAGACCACUGGACUUUCAUUCUACACCAUGUGACCAGACAGUGUUACCUGCCAUUGUGCAAAUCAUGCCAACUUCAAAAGAAAAAAAAGCUUUUACUCUGCAUGAGAUUUUUGUACAUGUUUACACUAAUUCACAACCUUUUUAAGUGUUGUAGAGCAAAUCACUGUGUACUUUUGUGGUCACUCCUGAGUGAACCCAUUGUAGUGUUGAUGGCGUGCCAGUGCUCUGGGGACCGGAGAGCUUUUUAGAUAACACUUCUGUAUGUACUGGAUAUGAAUCCUCAAAAAAAAGAAGAAAGCAGCACAGUAACGUUUAAACUGUAUUUACUUCCCUGCACUGUAAAUACUGUGUAAGUUUCAAAGGGUGCUACGCCACAUAUUACUAUUUACUAUACAACAUAAUGUAUGAUUUGAAUAGAUAAAGAAUGAAUUAUUUUAGAGUGAGCAUCAACGACAUUAAUGUGUCACAGAGAUAUGUUUUGUAUUUCAUCUCUUUUGUGUAUAGAAACCACAUACUCAACAGAAAACUGUUUUGAACCAUAAGUGGGCUUAGCAUUCCUUCUGUAGCUAUGAACUCAAUUAUGCUGUGACUUGCACUGAAAUAUGCGUUUACUGUACCUUGUAUAUUGUGAACCCUGACCUUAUAUCCUGUACUAACACCUGGAUGUUCAUGCCAAUCCUAUAUCUAUAGCACAAAACAGGGAGCAAAGCAGCAGAACCGUCUGCUUCCUUUUUAGAACAUAAAACUAAAUAGUGCACUUCCAAAAGUCAGUGCAAUACUUUCCCUAAGUGCACCCUACGGAGUUUGGAAGGUUACAGUUUGUUUAGGAGCAAUAUUUGUAGCUUUCAAAUGAGAAUUUUGAGAAAGAAAAACCUACUGCUGUUAAACCCACAACAAAAUGCCAACAUGAACAGAAUCACACACUCCUUUUUAGUU